CGUGAGCCGGCGUGUCUGCGCGUCUCUCCCCGUUAAAAACUUGUUGGACUGAGGCCCGAUCAUCUUAUUUGAACCCUUUUAUUACUUAUUUUUAUUUUUGUGAGCUUCAAGGCAAAAGAGACGAGGAAAAAGAAAAAGAAGCAUCUCCAUCAGCUCCUCACCUUUCCUCUCAUAGCACCUCAUGAGCGUCCGGGCUUCCAGCCAGCAGGAGAUGAAAAGCUGCCAAUGAGCGAAUUGUAUUUCAAGCACCGGCCAUGGCUGCCCAUCGCAUCAUCAGAGUGACGAACAACAAUCACAUCCUUCCUCGCUGCAAGUCUGAGGGGACGCUCAUCGACCUCAGCGAAGGGAUCACUGGGGCCAGUCUCAACGAUGUCAAAGUGCCUUCUCCCAGUGCCUUGAGGCUGGACACGUCAGCCUCCUAUGGAGCCGCGCAGGAAGUGGUUGCCAUAAAGGAUUAUUGCCCCAGCAGCUUCACCACGCUAAAGUUCGCCAAAGGCGAUCGGCUUUAUGUGUUGGACACGUCAGGAGGAGAGUGGUGGUAUGCCCACAACAACACGGAAAUGGGCUACAUCCCAGCCGCCUAUGUCCAGCUGGUCAACUUCAGGAACUCCUCGCUUAGCGACAGUGGGAUGAUUGACAGUCUUGGGGAAGGAUACGAGGAUGGGUCGAAGGAGUUUGGAGGUUUGGGGGAGUGGACAGGGAUGACCCUGAAGCCCUCACCAAUUUACAACAACAGCCCGUUCUCUGCGAACCCUUUUAUCUGUCCAUUAGAUCAAAACUGCAAAGAUGUAAGUGUGAGGAACUCAACAGACCUUAUUCUGUUUGAUGCAAUGGAAUCUCCAUCAUCUUGCUCAAACUUUAACACCAGUACAAUCAUGACCAAUGGGUUCAGCAGCUGCCACAUUAACAAUACCACCCCCACCAGCCCAAACCAAGAGGUUGCACCUAACGUCCACAGGGAUAACCCGUUUUUCAGGAGUAAACGUUCCCACAGUCUCUCAGAACUGUCAGUACUGCAGGCGCAGUCGAAUCCAACGUUACCUUCUUCGGGGUUCUUCAAAGGCCUUAAGGCUCCUUCACCAGAGCAGUUUCAGAGCAGGGAGGACUUCAGGACUGCGUGGUUGAACCACAGAAAGCUAGCUAGGUCUUGCCAUGACCUUGACUCCCUGGGCCAGAGUCCCGGAUGGGGCCAAACGCAGCCAGUGGAGACCAACAUCGUGUGCAGGUUGGACACUAACGGAGGAGUUGUUCAGCUCCCGGACACCCAAAUCAGCAUCCACAUCCCCGAGGGCCACGUCAGCCAAGGAGACCACCAGCAGAUCUCCAUGAAAGCCUUACUAGACCCUCCUCUGGAGCUCAACAGUGACCACUGCUCCACUGUCAGCCCCGUGGUGGAGAUCAAGCUAAGCAACAUGGAGACCAAGUCUUUCAUCACGUUGGAGAUGAAGGUAAUGGUCGCUGUCAAGAAGGACAGUUGUCACACUGCAGAGGUGCUUUGUGUUCGAAGUGACUGCAAAGAAGGGCCUUACACGCCCAUCCCGAAUGCUUACCUUUACAAUGAUACAGUCCAGGUGCAGCUGGAUGGUCUAGAGCCUUGUAUGUAUGUGGCUGUUGUGGUUCAGUCUCAGUACAUCAGCCCCAAUACCACCGUUUGGGACCAUGUGCAUAGGAAAGUAACUCUGGGCCUUUACGGACCCAAGCACAUUCACCCUUCCUUUAAAACAGUCGUGGCCAUGUUUGGGCAUGACUGCGCCCCAAAUACCUUGUUGGUUAACGAGGUGGGCCGACAGGCUGGCUCCAGCCCGCCCGUGGCCCUGCAGCUAUGGGGGAAGCACCAGUUUGCGCUGGGGUACCCUCAAGACCUCCAGGUGGGUUUGUACUCCAACAUGUCCAACUACCAGGUGAGGGCGAACGAGGGUGCGGGGUUGAUUCGGGGAUUUCAGGUCAAACUGGGGAAAGUCAGCAGGCUCCUGUACAUGAUCACAUCGCACAACCCCGACAGCAUUUCAGACUUCACUCUCAGGGUCCAAGUCAAGGACGCCCUUGACUGCAUCCUCACCCAGUUCUGCGUCCAAACGCCGCCACCGCCGCCAACAACCGGACCGAGGAUAACAGGCCAGAGGAGGUUUCUGAAAAAGAAAGAGGUGGAUAAGAUCGUCCUCUCACCGCUGGCCGUCACUUCCAAAUACCCAAAGUUUCAGGACCGGUGCAUCACCAACCUUAAAUUCGGCAAGUUGAUCAAAACAGUGAUCAGGCAGCACAAGAGCACUUAUCUGUUGGAGUACAAAAAGGGGGAUGUUAUCGCUUUGCUCAGCGAGGAGAAAAUCAAACUGCGAGGGCAGCUGCGGACCAAAGAGUGGUACAUUGGAUACUAUCAGGGGAAGGUGGGCCUCGUCCACGCCAAGAAUGUUUUAGUUCUGGGUAAGGUCAAGCCCAUUUAUUGGUGUGGGCCGGACCUAACGACCACAAUCCUGCUGGAGCAGAUCCUGAGGCCUUGCAAAUUUCUCACGUACAUCUACGCGACAGUGAGGACGGUUUUAAUGGAGAAUGUGGGAAACUGGAGGGCGUUCGCAGAUGCCCUGGGUAAUGGGAAUUUGCCACUGAAUUACUUUUGCCGGACCGAGCUGGACAACGAGCCGGAGAAGGUGGCGUCGGUUCUGGAGAAACUCAAAGAGGAGUGUACGAACAUGGAGAACAAGGAGAGGAAGUCCUUCCAGAGGGAACUCAUGAUGGCGCUGCUGAAGAUGGACUGCCAGGGUCUGGUUACCAAGCUGGUCCUGGACUUCGUCUUGCUGACCACGGCGGUGGAGGUGGCGUUCCGGUGGAGGGAACUGGCCGAGAAACUCGCUCGAGUGUCCAGACAGCAGAUGGAAGCUUACGAGGCUCCGCACCGCGACAAGAACGGACUGCUGGACCAUGAGUCCAUGUGGAAGCCGGCCUACGACUUCCUCCUGACGUGGGCCGCCCACGUCGGGGACAGCUACCGAGACGUGAUCCAGGAGCUCCACCUCGGCCUGGACAAGAUGAGGAACCCCAUCACCAGAAGGUGGAAGCACCUGACCGGCACGCUGAUCCUCGUCAACUGCCUGGACACGCUCCGCGGCGCCGCCUUCUGCCCCACCGGAUACGGAGACUUUGCUGUGUGAACUUCUUUCUGUUUAAAAGAGUUGACGUCUUCUGGUCUUGGUGGGAGUUACUGGAGGAGUGUCCUGGACAGUUCGGGAUCUGCACGUCCCGUCGCUUGUUGGGCGUCUUCCAUCGCCAGAUGUUUUUUACUCCUGCUUUCUUCUUCAUGUCUUUUGUACUGUCUUUGUCUCUUUUAUGGCGUAUAUGUCUUCUCUUUUUUGCUUCACAUUUUCACUUCCUGUUUAAUUUCGCUCUCAUUGAUUACAGUGAUUUUGUUCAUCUCCCUCAGGACAACAUCAGCGACCUCAACCACUGCAGUACAUAACCACACAUGCUCCCCGUCCAAACUGAACUGAACCUUUUGGUGGCACAAAAACAACUCUUCCCUCCUCUUCUGACUCAGUUUUUAUUCUUUUAUUGCAAAAGAAGGCAGAGCAGAUGAUGAGAUAAACAUUAAGUCAGUAAUUAGCUAGCCCAAAGCGGCUAGCCCAAUGCUAACUUCACAUGUGACUCAGUGUAGUUCACGCAGUAAAGGCUCAGUAUGUCUGUUUAUGAAGAUGUAUUUGUUAUACUUGCAGAACAAUACAGUUUGAUCAACAGUGUUAUUCUUUCUUUUCUUGGUUUGGUUUUGUGAGAAACUCAUUUCCAUCAUAUUUCAGUCAAACAUCCAAAGUGCAUCCAGUAUUGUCGAAAUUGAAUACUGUUGUACAAACAAAAGUUUUAUCAAAGAUGAUGAGAUGAAGAUGGACCUAAAAUGUGUUUCAGAAUAAUAAUCAUGUGCUGUUAUGUCACAUUUUGUUUCUGUGUCUUUUGGUUCAAAGUGCAGCAUAAAUAUAAAUAUUUUCAUGUGUCACAUUUUACUGGAAGGUAUUAAAUUAAAUAUCAACUGUCAAAUUAAACCUGUAAACCACAGUGUACUGCUUAAAUAAGUGACUUGAAACUGUGAAGGAAAUAUCACGUUUUUGUUAAAUUUAUAUUUAAAGAAGCUUUUUGUCUUUUGAUUUGUGAUCAAAUAUACUCAGUCGGCUUUGAUGCUUUUAUUGUUUCAUUUCAGUCUUUCAUUCUGUGUUCCGUCCUGUUUUGUUUCCAUAUGUUUUGUGACUGCUGUUUGGAAUAUGAACACGCUCUGAACAGACAAUGUGCGAGGAGUUUAUAUAUUUAUAUACACGUUCUGUUUCUGUUCGGAUGCUUUCAAUAAAACUGAAAAUUUAAAACAACUUGCGUGUACCAGAAAGUAUGAUUUUCAUUUCAGUAUGUUUAGACAUUAAAACACUUUUGGAAUAUCAAACCCAGAGUUUCCCUCUGCUUCCAGUCUUUGUGCUAAGCUACGCUAAUCACACACAAACACACGUUUCUUUAAAAGAUAUUGGCCUUUUCCUUUUCGGUGACAAAUGCUGCAAAGAUGCUGAGUUCCACGCCAACAA